AUGAAUGAGCCCGAAGUUACAUUAUUGAAUAAUUUUUCUAGAACUCUGUUUUUUUACACUAUCCUAGGUUCAAUUGACACGAGUCUAAAUAGUAGCCCACAAACACAUGAAUGGAAGAAAGUUCGAAAGUGCAGUUAUUGUGAUGCUGCUAGAUUUCAGUACGAGCCUUUGACUUUUUUUGUAGUGACAAGGGAAAAGUUAAAAUUGCACCCAUUGAUGUCCCGGAUGAACUUUAUGAAUUGCAUAUAUCCAACGGUACAUGUUACUGAUCAUUACGCUGAGCCAAAUGUUUGUUCAGCACAUGACAUUAUUUCUACAGAGCAACAAGCACUUACAAUUUAUUUAUUUAUUAUGCAUAUCCAUGGAGAAAAUGAGUCAACUUACUAUAGAGGACUGAGUUUCCAAUCACUAACUCUAUUCCGCUUCUUAACUACAGUAAAAAAUAACAAAAUGGAACGAAGUCUCAACUUAGUAGCUGAUGCAAUUGAAAAAGCUGAAAAAGACGGGAAAAAAACUGUUAGAGAAGACUCAUCACUCACAAACUCACAAAUUAACAGUGGAAAGCCCAUCCACGUUGCUACUUUCUCAAGUUCUCAUUCGACUUCCAAAAUUGAUGCUAAUAAAGGGAAAAUAUUGAGAAAGAGUUAUAUCAAAGAAGAUGAUGACAUUGUUAUUUCAAGUGAUGGUGAUGAUAUCACCAUUAGCAUCAUGAGGAAGAAGAUGUAUUUGAAGAAAAAAUCAACUCCCAAGAAGAUAUCACUGUUGAAAAACAUUAAAAAGGAGAAGAAUUAA